AUGAACUCCCUUUUCAUUCCCGCUCCCCUCUCAUCAGACGACGACGAUAACGGGUCCGGAUCCGAACCCGAACCCGCUUCCGAAGUCGCCGCGCGAGCGCCGAGCCCAUCCCCGUCGUUGUCGUCGGAGGUCUUCGACGACGUCGACGGCGAUGGGUUUCGCGUUAGGGUUCCCGGCGUCGACGAAGGAACCGGUUCGAACCCUAACCCUAGCUUGGAUAGAGGCGGGAGCUCUGAAGAAGAGGUCUUUGAUGAGGUCGAUGGCGAUGGGUUCUCUAUCGCCGCUAGGGUUUUGAGUGUGGAUGGUGUUGGAUCUGAAGCGGGCACUGGAAAAGAUGGCAACUUUGGAACUGGGUUGAGAGAAUUGGGCUCUGCGGAUGAAGAAUUAGAGGGUUUCGAGGCAGAGACAGAGAGAGAUGGGGUCGACGAGGAUUUCAAUGCUACUGGUUCUGUGGAAGGCAGGGUGUUUGGUGAAGCGCAAAGCCCUAAUGCAGAGGAGAAAUACAUGGAAGAUGAGAUUUUCGGCGAAAGCUUGAACUUGAUUGACGGGGAAGGUGAAUUUGAAUUCGUUGAUUCAGCGGAUGGAAUUGAUAAGGAGAAUGAGAGUAUCGAUGCUCUAUAUCAAAAAGAUGAGAACUCGGGAGGUGAUUUAAGAGAAUCGAGCUCUGCUGUCGAAGAAUUAGAGGAUACGGAACCUCAAAUCUCUAAAGCAGAGGAGAAGCAAGUGAAGGAUGAGGCAUCGAGCAAAAGCUUGAACUUGGCAGAAAGUUUUGCCAAGGAUGGGAAAGAUGAAUUUAUAUUCGGUGAUUAUGUUGAUGGAAUUGACAAGAAGGAUGCAAGAAUCGAUGUUCUAAAUGAAAAAGAUGAGAAUUUGGGAAGUGAGUUGAGUGAUUUGAGCUCUACGGUUGAACAAUUAGAGGAUUUGAAACCUCAAAGCUCUAAUGCAGAGGAGAAACAUGUAGAAGAUGAGGAUUUGAGGGAAAGCUUGAUAUCAACAGGAGGUUUGAGUAAAGAUGGGGAAGGUGAGUUUGAAAUUGGUAACUCUGUGGAUGGAAAUGAUAAUGAGAAUGAAAAUGUCGAUGUCCUAGAUGAAAAUCAUGAGAAUUUGGGAAGUGAAAGCGGUGAAGAUAAUAAAGAUAGUGCACGGGUAAAAGAAAAAUAUGAGAAUUUGGGAGGUGGAUUGAGAGAAUCGAGUUCUGUUGUUGAAGAAUUAGAAGUUUUGAAACCAGCGAAUGUGGUAUCUGUUGUUGGUGAAGCUCGAAGUCCUAGUGCAGAGGAGAAUCAUGUGAAAGAUGAGGUUUUGGGCGAAAGCUUGAAUUCCACAGAAGGUUUUAGUAAAGAUAGGGAAGAUGGAUUUAAACUCCGGCAUUCUAUGGAGAGAACUGAUGAGGAGAAUGAAAAAUUCGACAUGUUAGACAAAAAAUAUGAGAUUUUGUUACAUCACCAUCCAAAUAUAAACAGCACUGACACACGAGAAGUUGCUUUGGAGCCCACGGAAGAGAAGUACACGAUGACUGUGGAAGAUUAUGAGCCCAAAGAAUUGGAAUUUACCAACACCGUUGAUUCUAACCAAAAUUAUGAACUAGAUGAUGACAAUGGUUCUGCUGCUAUGGAUUCUAAUAAAUCUGAGAGCUCUUCAAACAAGCUUGAUUCUGAGGAUGGCAGCAAAGAGAAUGAGGGAGUAACUGGGGGUUUUAGUUCUCCUGUGAAUUCUAAUAUAGCUGAAAAUUCUGAUACCAUGGAUGGAACGCAGACUUCUCUAGUUGAGGACGAGAGGACAGUCGCCAAAUCAGAGGCAAGACCAGCAAAUGCAGAAAAUGGCAGCUUCUUCCAUGAGAAGGGAGUAAAAGAAGAGGAGAACUUUCAUGACAAGGUCGAGUUGAUCAGGAUAAAAUUCCUUCGCCUUGUUCACAGAUUAGGCCAUUCUCCUAAAGAAAAUGCGGUUACUUCAGUCCUAUAUCAUCUUGCAUGUACUGAGGAUACGAAGAAUUGGAUGUUUAAGUAUGAAAUAGCAAAAGAAAAGGCAAUCAAGUUUGAAAGAGAAGAGAAAGAUAAACUGGACUUCUCGUUGAGAAAGAUUGAAGGGCUUGUGGAUGGAAUCAAGAUCCAAGUUUUGGAUACUCCAGGCCUUAAAUCUUCUUUAUCGGAUCAAGCAUCAAACAGAAAGAUUCUUUCGUCAAUGAAGAAGCAUAUGAAGAAAUGCUUACCUGAUGUUGUUCUAUAUAUUGAUCGGUUUGAUACUCAUGCACGAGGUUUCAAUGAUUUACCCCUUUUGAAAUCGAUUACUAGUACUUUUGGCGCAUCAAUUUGGUCUAAAGUCAUCAUCGUUCUUACUCAUGCCUCUUCAACUCCAGCCGAGGGAGUAUCAUUUGAAGCGUCUAUAGAUCAGAGGUCUCAUAUAGUUCAAGAGUUAAUUUGGAAUGCACAUGGAGAUAUUAAGUUGAAGAAUCCAGUGAUUUUGGUUGAGAAUCACCCAUCCUAUAGGAGAAAUAUGGAAGCACAAAGAACUAAGUUGCUUCUCUCGUGUUAUUCUUCAAAAAUUCUAUCUGAAGCCAAAUCCCUCCAUAAGGUUCAAGGUUCUUCUGUGCACAAGUUCUUUAACUUCUUUUUGUCUUCACUUCAUGAGUCGAAACCCCACACAAAGCUCACUUCAGACAUAUAUGGGGUUGACAAUUCAGAUGCUUACUCCGAUGAGUUUUUGGAACAAGAAGAUCAGUAUAGCAAGCAGAAACAGAAGAAACAAUCCAAGAAGCAAAUCAAGAGAUUAGAAGAAAUAAAGAAAGGAGAGGAAAACUCGCAAGAUUUGGCGUUCCCUCCUCCCUUUGACUCUGAUGAUACAGUAGAUCUUCAUCGAUCUUUGGAACCAAGCUCAGGUCAUCAUACUGGUUUUCUCUGGGACACCCGAGUUUAUGAUCAUUACUAUGGUUUUGAUGGGGUCAGUCUCAAGAUUCCAGGUGCAAUUUAUGUCAAACUCAAGAAGGACAAGAAGGAUUGGAGAAUGAAUUUAGAAUCGUCAGUCUUAACCAGGCAUAAGAAAAAUGGCUCAUUGCUCGCAAACUUCGACACACAGAUUAUCGACAACCAGAUGGCAUACGGGGGCAAUGUAGAAGUAAAACUAUCGAAAAUGGCUGUUCGUGUUGGGAUGAAUAAUCAGAGGAGAGGGCGGAUAAGGGUCAGGACGAGUAGUUGGGAGCCGCUUGAGAUGGUGAUUAUGGGUCUCGUUUUGAUUGAUAUGUACAUUUUCAGGAGACAAUGGCCUGGUGAGUGUUCAUCUUCUUAG